GGUAUGCGUAUAUUUCCCCCUCCCCUGUUUUUCUUGACAAUCUGUUGAACCGUCUCUCAGAGAGAGACAAAAAGAAGCCCUAGAAAUAUGUGCUAAUGUGCGCAUUUUAGCCCAGCCCACAAACCCUAGAGAGCUCAUCUUCCUUUUGUUGCUUGUGGUAGUCACCUAUUUUGUCUACGCCCUCUUGCUACGUCCGUUACUGUUUUUACUUUUUACUAGUAUUGUUAUUUUGCCACAGCAGAUCCGUUUUUUGUUUCUGGGUGGGCGUUGUUUUUGUUUGCAGAAAGCUACAACAAAGUGUUUCUGGGUUGGGUUUGGUGGGUAAUGGAGGGGAAGCUUCGGAUCUGGCUCAAAUGUAGCUUAACAUUGCUUUUGACUUAAAACCCACUUUCUUUUCUCUCUCUCUUCUGCUCAUACUUUCUCUUGGGCUUUCUAGAGAGAGGGAGAGAGAGAGCUGUAGUUGGAUUCUUGACUUUGUUGUGGGGGUGAUAAAGUGUCAACUGUUUUAGUUCUUGGGAGGUUUUGGAGAGAGAGAGAGAGAGAGAGAGAGAGAGAGAGAGAGAGAGAGAGAGAGAGAGAGAGAGAGAGAGGGGUUGGGUCGAGAAAGAGGAGCUAGAGAGAGGAAGUAGGGAGAGAGAUCCGGCGCAAUGUUGGCUAUGGGAAGUCCUACCAGUGGCCGUACGAGCACUACGUGCAAUACUUUACUCAGAGAACUCCAGCAAAUAUGGAUUGACAUUGGUGAAAGUGAGGUGGAUAAAGAUCGCAUGCUGUUGGAGCUAGAGAGAGAGUGCUUAGAAGUCUAUCGCAGGAAGGUUAAUGAAGCUGCCAAUGCCAAAGCACGUCUCCAUCAGUCUGCUGCAGCAAAGGAAGCUGAGCUUGCAACUCUCAUGGCUUCUCUUGGGGAACAUAACCUUCAUUCACCGACCCAAAUGGAGAAGAAAGCAGCAUCAUUGAAAGAGCAGAUUGCAUAUGUCACACCAUUAGUGGAAGACUUAAAACUAAAAAAAGAGGAACGUGUCAAGCAAUUUGUGGAAUUAAAAGCACAAAUUGAUAAAAUCACUGCAGAGGUCUCAGGAUAUAGUCAUCUCAUCAAUGCUGCGAGUUCCUUGAAUCUAGAAGAGCAAGACUUGUCUCUGAGAAAGCUUACUGAGUACCAAACAGAACUGCAAACUCUACAAAAAGAAAAGUCGGAACGGCUCCAUGUUGUUUUGGAAUAUGUGAACGAGGUGCAUUCCUUAUGCGGUGUGCUUGGGCUGGAUUUUGGCAAGACAGUGGGUGAUGUGCAUCCUAGCUUGCAUGGAACAGGCGUAGAACAAUCUACAAACAUUAGUGAUAGCACAUUGGAGGGUCUAGAACGGACCGUCCUUAAGUUGAAAACAGAAAGGAAAGUUCGAUUUCAGAAGCUGAAAGAUACUGUUGCAUCAUUAUCUGAACUUUGGAAUCUGAUGGGCUCCACAAAAGAAGAGAGGAGUAAUUUCUCAAGGACUACUUGGAUACGUGGACUCUCAGAAAUGGAAAUUUUAGAACCUGGUGUUCUUUCAACAGAAAAUAUUGAACAGUUAUCGGCAGAAGUGGAGAGGCUCAAUAAACUGAAAGCAAGCAGAAUGAAAGAACUGGUAAUGAAAAAGAGGUCAGAGUUGGAGGAUAUAUGCCAUAAAACCCACAUUGAACCUGAUCCGAGCACUGCUCCUGAGAAAUCUACUGCUUUGAUGGAUUCUGGUCUUGUGGAUCCUUGUGAACUUCUGGCAAAUAUUGAAGCUCAAAUAAGCAAAACAAAAGAUGAAGCUCUGAGCAGAAAAGAAAUCAUGGAUAAGAUAGAAAGAUGGCUGUCUGCAUGUGAGGAGGAAAAUUGGCUGGAAGAGUAUAGUCAAGAUCAUACCCGUUACAGUGCUGGAAGGGGUGCUCAUGUUAACCUAAAACGUGCAGAACGAGCUCGUAUUACUGUAAAUAAGAUUCCAGCUAUUGUUGACAGCUUAAUAAGUAAGACGCAUGCAUGGGAAGAUGAAAAACAGAAAUUAUUUCUUUAUGAUGGGAUCCGUUUGGUUUCGAUACUAGAGGAUUACAAACUAGCCAGACAACAAAAGGAAGAGGAGAAGAGGCGAUACAAGGACCAAAAAAAGCUGCAAGACCUGCUUCUUAUCGAAAAGGAAGCGAUGUAUGGGUCUAAACCUAGUCCAAGAAGAACCAGUAGCUUUAGAAAGGCUAAUGGGUAUCAUGCUAAUGGGAAUGGAUCCAUGACUCCCACACCUCGACGUAAAUCAUCUGGUAGCCCGAAUGCAGAACUUCUAACACCACGUUCAUAUUCUGGGCAUCAAAAUGGGUAUUUCAAGGAAAUGAGAAGGUUGAAUACUGCACCUCUGAACUUUGUGGCCAUCGCAAAAGAAGAUACUAUCUCAUUCUCAUCUGUUUGUGGUUCAGAGCCAGAAUCUCCCCCUCAAGUUCGAACCUGAGGUUUGAGCAGAACCAGAGACCUGCUGUGGUUUGAGGAAACUGUAAAAACUAGAUUUGGACAGUGGAAAGCUUGUGAAUAUAGAAGGGAGUGUACUGUAGUGUAUGAUUGCGAUAGGUUAGAGGUACUUGGACAAAGUUAACUGACGACCGAGGUUUUGCAUUUGGGUCUGCUAUGGAUUUCAAGAAUAUCAGUGGUGGAGGUGGUGGCGGUGGUGGAUAUACUAGUUAACUUGAAGUCACUUCUGUUGAACUAGGCGAUACUGAUCUUUUGUACUGUGGAUGGCAUUUGUGUCUUUACUUUUACGUACGCGUAAAUAUUAUAUGUAUUUCAGUGCCGGAUUCAAUUUCGUGUAGGGAACUUCUACUGUAAUGCCUUGAAUUUCACUUUUUUUUUCCUUUCCUACUUUUGUUAAAAGAUCAUUUGCCCCUUAGAUUGUCUUCAACAGAUUGAACUGGUGUUUGACUUUUUUACUUUCUGGUGGUUUGGAGCCUUGAAA